CCUGAACAAAAAACAGACACCAUUCGCCGUACCUAGUGUAAUUAGCAGAAUUUUUUCACGGCGUGCGGGUCAGCGGACAACGACACGUCGUCACCUUUCGCCAGCCUUUUCAACAUCUUCAUAUCGAGAGACUUCGGUCAGAGUCACUGAAAAAAUCAUCGCCAAUUGAUCGGUCAGGGAGAGGUGCUGCUGUGUUCCUCCUUACAAACUGUGUUCGUCGUCACCAUCCUUUCUGCGCUGUGCAGUACUGUACUGUGCCGCUCCUAUACACCCCAUGUCAAAGAAGACUUCGCGUCGUAGACUCGUGAAAUCCGAGGACAACGAGUCCCUAACGAGUGGCGAUACUGAAAUUAGUGAACCCAGUCUGAACUCCAGUGGUGACCUCACAGUUGACAGUCCACAGCCAAUGGAUUUUAAAAACGGAGAUGAGAACAGCAGUAGGGCGUCAUCACCAGCACGAAGUAAAGAUACUGGGUCCCAACCGUUAGAUAUGUCAGGUAGCCAGACGACUGAUCGGCCAUUUUCCUUGACAGGGUCAACUGGACGUGAACUCAGGAGCUCGUCUGGUGAUAUCAGAACAGAAGCAGAUGCCAGAAAAUAUGAGGCUUCUACAAAUGGCCACCUCAGUUUUGGAGAAGCAGGAAGGGUGCUAGAUGGUGCAGAGGAUCUCUCAACAGGUCGUGAAGAUGAUGAUGAUGACUGCGAUGAUGAUAGUGAUAAAUUUAUAGACACCCCACCACAGGGAGUAGAUCCAGAAAGACUAAAAGCUUUUAAUAUGUUUGUGCGCUUAUUUGUUGACGAAAAUCUUGACCGCAUGGUGCCCAUUUCAAAGCAACCAAAGGACAAAAUUCAGGCCAUCAUUGACGCAACAUAUAGACAGUUUCCAGAAUUACAUGAGAGAUCACGAAAACGAAUCCGAACUUACUUAAAAUCAUGUAGACGAAUGAAGAGGAACAGGGAUGCAAAUGGCAUUGAUGUUCGACCGACUCCACCUCAUCUCACAUCUGCAGCAGCUGAAAGUAUGUUGGCCGCAGCAUGUCAAAGCGAAAGUGAAAAUGCAAAACGAAUGAGGUUGGAACUAGAACAGCAGCAACAGCAACAACAACAGGGUGAUCUUCUUGUACAACAAAACCAAUAUUCUCAUGACAUAAUAAGAGCAGAUAGAAGAGCUACAGAAUACAAGUUUACCAAUGGUUUUGAGGGUUUUCAUGCUGGAGGGAUGCCACCACCAGUAACAGCUGCUCCACACCACACAGGGAUCAUUCAUCAACAACAUGCAACACCUUUAACAAAUGGUCCGACUGAUUUGAGUAUGAAGAAAGGCAGUACUUCCAAACCCCAACUGAAUCCAUCAGAAGUGCAGACAAUCAAACAACUCAUUGCAGGAUAUCGAGAAUCAGCAGCAUUUCUGCUAAGGUCAGCUGAUGAACUAGAGCAACUGCUCCUCCAAAGCAACUGACCUUGUCAUCCCUGCCAAUAAUAGACAAAUCCUACACAAAUUGUAAUAUGGGCUGAAUUUUGUUGAAAAUGGGGGAGGGGGGAUGGAAUUACAUUGAUGUGUAUAUUAGUGUGAAUGACCACUGAAUCUAAAUGUCUGCGAUAUUAUUUAAAUUCUGCAGCAUAACUGCCAAUGAAAUAACUUUGUUAACAG